GCUAACCGUCUAGCGGUUAGCGGUUGCGGUUAGUGAAAUUUACUAACCGCUAGGGCGGUUACGGUUAGCGGUUAUUGCCACUAACCGCUAACCGUAACCGCCUUUGCACCCCUACAUAUUGAUGUCUGAAAGUUUCUCCUUCCCUAUGAUGUGGCUUGAGCGUGGAAAUCCAACGUGUAAAGCGUGUGGACCGAGAAACUUUCAAUUUCCGUAGGUCUAAAAGACAAAGUCCGUACUUGACUUUCACUAUCAAGCUCACCAACCAACUUCCAAAUUCUCCAUUAUUCAAAAUCAGGCUGACUGGACGCCAUUGAUAAGAUCCAGCGCCACCCUCCCCGGUCCCUUUGAGAUCUGAGAGAAGUGGGAGACCAUGAGUGAGGUGAAUCACCAAAGGAUCAAAACCAAUGGAAUAUGGAUGCACAUAGCAGAGCAAGGGACUGGGCCACUGGUGCUUCUUCUUCAUGGCUUCCCAGAAUUUUGGUAUUCAUGGCGCCACCAAAUCACCUUUUUGGCCAACCAUGGCUAUCAUGUCGUUGCACCUGACUUGAGAGGCUGUGGUGACUCUGACUCUCCUCUCAGCCCCAACUCCUACACUAUAAUACAUCUUGUUGGUGACCUCAUAGGCCUUCUUGACCAUUUUGGUGAACAGCAGGCAUUUGUGGUGGGAAAUGACUGGGGAGCAGUUGCUGGGUGGCAUCUGAGCUUGUUAAGGCCUGAUAGAGUCAAGGGACUAGUCACUUUAAAUGUUCCAUACUUUCAAAGAUCUUAUAGUUAUGCAGCUGUUGAACAUUUCAGACAAACUUUUGGAGAAGGGUGUUUCAUCUGUCAGUUUCAGGAACCGGGAAGAGCAGAGCGGGCUUUCGCAAGGUAUGAUUAUUUGAUAGUGAUGAAGAAGUUCUUGCUCUCAACCAAGAGGGAUUAUCUGGUAGCUCCUCUAGGUAUGGAGAUCAUUGAUUACCUGGAGACACCAUCGGUGUUGCCAAAAUGGAUUACUGAAGAGCAACUCCAGGUCUAUGCAGACAAGUUCCAAGAAUCUGGCUUCACGGGUGCCCUCAAUUAUUAUCGUGCUAUGGACCUGAACUGGGAGCUUCUGGCACCAUGGCAAGGAUCAAAAGUUACUGUCCCAACAAAAUUCAUGAUAGGUGACAAAGAUCUCGGUUUUGAAUCUAUUGGUACAAGACAAUAUGUGACGGGGGAAGUUUUCAAGGGACUUGUCCCCAACCUAGAAGUUGUUAUACUAGAUGGGCACCAUUUUAUUCAACAGGAGAAAGCUCAAGAAGUCUCAGAUGAAAUUCUUUCCUUCCUUCACAAAUUUACUAUGAAUUAGUGGAUUUUCUAGUGUUUGAAGCACACUAGUGCCUUUCCUCUCCAAUUAUUAUACGUAUAUGGAAUUUACAUGUUUAUUAAAUAUGGUUUAUCUGAAAUAAUAUGGCAAAAGACAAAGUUCUA